CUCCUAUUGGGAGGAAUUAAAAGUGUGGGAUCUCUUUCUCUCUUUUCACAUGCUUUGCUUCCUCCUUGAAGUCCUGCCCUGCCAGCCUCAGGGGAGCUGGUGAAAGAAAAGAAGAAACGGGGGGUGCCUAAUCCCCAUAGGCUCUGGAUGGAUUGGAAUGGGGAAGUCAGCGUGCAGUACGAGCCCACAGCCACUGGAAAGCACCUGCUUCAUCCUCAGAGCACUCUUCCUUCUCCUCUGCUGCAAGCAUGCUUGCUGCCAGUGCAAGAUCCUGCGCUGCAAUGCCGACUACGUGGCCGCCACCCUCAACCUGCGCGGCUCCAAUAAGGACAUGGCUUACUGCAACGCCCUGCGCUCCUACUCCCACUGCACCCGCAAGACGGCCCGGACCUGCCGGGGCGACCUGGUCUACCACUCCGCCGUCCACGGCAUCGAGGACCUCAUGAUCCAGCACAACUGCUCCAAGGAAGGUCCCACCUCGCCGCCCCGGCCCCGCCCACCAGCACCCAACCACCAGGGCUUUGAGUCCCUGGACAUCUGCAACUACGAGAAGAACUUCCUCUACAAGCAUGGCCAGCCCCCCACCUACCAGCACUGUGCGGCCUUCGGGGACCCCCACGUCCGCACCUUCCAUGAUGAGUUCCACACCUGCCGAGUGGAGGGCUCCUGGCCUCUCCUGGACAAUAACUACUUGUUUGUGCAGGCAACUAGCUAUCCGGUGGCAAAGAGUUCCAACGCGACUGCCACCGGCAAGCUCACGAUCAUAUUUAAGAACAUGAAGGAAUGCAUCGACCAGAAGGUCUACCAGGCCGAAAUAGACAACCUGCCGGCUGCCUUUGAGGAUGGCUCUGUGAACGGUGGCGAGAGGCCGGGGGGGAGCAGCCUGACCAUCCAGGAACGCACCGGGCAGCACGUGGAGAUCCGGGCUGCCUACAUUGGCACCACCAUCGCUGUGCGUCAGGCGGGCCGACAGCUAUCCUUCUCCAUCCGGGCAGCCGAGGAGGUGGCGCGGGCCUUCACUGAAGAGCAGGACCUGCAACUCUGCGUGGGCGGCUGCCCACCCAGCCAGCGCAUCUCCCGCAGCGAGUGUCGCUACAGUGGGAUUGCCGCUGAGACGGCGCAACUGCUGUGCAAGGAGAAGCUGCCGGUGGAGGACGUCUACUUCCAGUCAUGCGUCUUUGAUGUGGUAACCUCGGGUGAUGCCAAUUUCACCCUGGCCGCAUAUGGUGCUCUGGAGGAUGCAAAGAUGUUCCACCCAGACGCUGAGAAACUGCACAUCUUCCAGACUGGGGCGGGCUGUCGUCUAAUCUCCUUACCCUUCCUCCUUGUCAUAGUCAUCUCUAACCUCCUGGCUAUUCAGUUGUGCUUUUAAUGCUCCUUGUCCAGCAGGUACCAGGCCUACAAGAGGAGUGUCGCUGAGCCAAGAACCUGUAGAUGCUCUGUGACAUACAGCCUGGAGUGAGGUAGACAUCAGCUGAAAGGAAACAGUGCUCUAUCCAGAAUCUGCUAUCAUGGGGGUGGAACCAAACUGGCAAAAGGCUGCAGUCUUAGAGAAAAGGCCUGGAAAUAGCAGCUCAUGCUUCCCAUUCUCAAACACACCGAGGACUGGAUUAGUUGAGCUUUGUUCUGGUCCUGAAUCUUAGUGGAAUUUUCCCAUCGUGGGUUCUGGUUUAUUUUUAUUUUUUAAUA